UCGCUCAAAAACAUGGGAGAAGCUGUAUUCGUUGACACAAAAUAUGGAAAACUCAAGGGGGUUUUGGAACGCAGCUUUGAGGGUUACAAUUACUAUGCAUACAAAGGAAUACCAUAUGCUAAACCACCGAUAGGGCAACUUAGAUUUAUGGAUCCAGUUCCCCUGGAACUAUGGUCAGGAGUAAGGGAUGCUACAGAUUAUGGUCCUCAGUGUUGCCAAAUGGAUUCCAUGUCUCAAAGUACUAGGGGCGAAGAUGACUGUUUAUAUUUAAACAUUUUUGUGAAAACUAUCAAACCUGACCUUAAAUUACCUGUUAUGGUAUGGAUACAUGGUGGAGGCUUUGUCGUGGGUUCUGGAGGUGGUCUUCUGUAUGGACCGGAUUAUUUUCUCAAGAAAGAUAUUGUCCUUGUGACGAUCAACUAUAGACUUGGAGUGUUGGGAUUUUUGAAUUUUGAUGAUGAAGUAGCACCUGGAAAUCAAGGUCUGAAAGAUCAAGUGGCUGCUCUACGAUGGGUAAAAGAAAAUAUUACGAAUUUUAGUGGUGACCCAAACAAUGUGACAAUUUUCGGUGAAUCCGCAGGUGGCGCAUCCGUGCAUUAUUUAACAUUAUCUCCUUUAGCAAAAGGUCUUUUUCACAAAGCCAUUUCACAAAGUGGCGUUGCCUGCAACUCAUGGGCUUGCUCAGCCACAAAAUAUAGUUCAUAUAAAUUGUGUGAAGUACUAGGUAACAAUUCAAAAGAUCCAAAAGUAUUAGUAGAAUUCUUACGAACCAUUGACUGUCAGAAAUUAGUAGAAGCUCAACAGGUGAUUCAUAAAUCAUGUCCGAAAUUUCACGAUAUUAUUCCGUUUGGACCUACAGUUGACAGUAAGUCCAUAGAACCAUUUUUAUCAAUACCUGUAUCAGAAGCUAUGGAAAGUGGUGCCCAUGUCCCAUACAUGUUAGGUUGUAACAGUCGAGAAGGAAUAUUUCAUUUACUUGGACUAAAACAAAAAGAUUAUGACACGUUGAAUAACGAGUUUGACAAAUCCUUAGGACCUCGUGUUCAAGAACUAUUACGAAAAAACAAUAUUACGCCAAAUCAAUUGAAAAAUUUAUACUUUGACCACAAAUAUAUAACUGAAAAAGAUACUGACAAAGUAGUCGAUUUAAUGGGUGAUUUAAGUUUUGUUGAAGGUAUUCAUAGAAUAGUGAAGUGUCAAGUCAAGUAUAAUUCUGCUCCAACAUACUUCUACCGAUUUACUUACGACAAAGAAUCUUCCAUAAUAAAGUUAUGGAGUGAUACUACUAUGUCGGGUACGUCUCACUUCGAUGAGGUACAAUACCUCUUUAGCAUGCAGAUAUACGAUAUUUUGAACAUUGAACGUCCAAAACCGGGAUCCAUUUCGUAUAAGAUAAUUGAACAAAUGAUUGAAUUGUGGGUAAACUUUGCUAAGUAUGGAAGACCAACUCCUGAAGUAUCUGAUCUGAUACCAACGUAUUGGCUGCCAGUAACAGAUGAUAAAAUUUUUCGAGCUCUAAAUAUAAAUGAAAAUUUACGGAUGGAAUACAUCGUCCCGCUGGAGGAACAGUUAUCUUUAGGAAAAUACAUGAAAAACAAGCUAUAAACAUUCGUUUUUUAAUUCUAUUGGUUAUUGUGUGCUACUUUUUAGUUUUUUCUUCAUAACAUUUUCAUAUUUAAUGACAUAUUAGAGAUCGAGAAAGUUUACCCUCAUGUUACAAGUCCACCCCCCUACUGUCCAGUGUCCACUCAAUACGGGUAGCUAUAUACGUCAUAAAUUACGUUGAGUCAAUCUUAGUAUUAUGUUGGUUAGGUAUAUUAUAUCGUGGUACUGCUUAUAGACAAAAGAGUAUUUUUUUCUGUAUAUUUUGUACAAAAUCUUUUACUAUUGUAUUUUACAAAAUAUAUAUGCUCAUACA